UUAUUAUUAUUAAUUAUUAUUCUUUUUCGUAGUACUACUACUACAUAAGGUUGUAUCCCAUCAAAUAUAAUGUUGAAUAAAUUGUGUGCCAAGCAGUAGGUGGAGGCCAGUAGACCGAGAGCAGUAUCGGUGAUAUGAAUCCAGAACGUGUGUGUGGCCACGUGUUUUUUCCCACACUGCAUUGCAGGACUGAGGAGCUGCCUUGUUUGAAGUGGCUGAAACUCCGGCCACUGCUUUAAGCGCACAGGGCAGUCAUUGUUUCCAACAGACGUCGCAGCCAAGCUGAUUUGUGGUGUCCCCUCCCCCCCAUUUGCCCAUAUCCUGCUAAAGAAAUAGCUGUAAAUUAUUUCACCGUAAACAUAUUCAUAUAUUUUGAGUGAGUGAACACAAAGGCCAAGUUACAUUAGGUGUCUAGUUCAUAUUGUCGCUCGGUUAACGUGUCAGGGUUUAUUCAUCAACAUGUUUUCACGUACUUUAUUUUUGCAUCGGUCUCAAUGUAGGUUCUUUCCGUUCCUGUAACGCACUCUUUGUAUCGAUCUCUGAGAUUGCUGAAUGAGUAAAUGUAGGUGUAGGAACACGGUUCACUUGACACCUCUAAACAAGGUCAGUGAUAUUCUUACCCAGAUUUUUUUUUAAUUAUUAUUACUUUAUUUAGCUGAGACUUUCCCCCAAAGCAGCUUACAACGUAAAGCUACUUACAGUGAUAUUUGCAUUUGUACAGGUGAGUAAUUGUUACCGGUGCAAUUCAGGGUAAGUACUUUUAUCCAAGGUAUUACAAGAGGUGAGAUUCAAACCCGAGUCCUUUUUAUUGCCAGGUGGCAGCUCUGUAUGCUGUGUCACCUGUCACCACGUCGUAGUCCAUACGGACACCUGGGAAAAGGUGCCAGGAAUGGAUCAGCGUCGUCCUCUGCUUCUCUCUCAUGGCCUUCAACUUCUGCUACCUUCUUGCCAACUUCCACCUGGGCCACGUGUGGUACAUCCUGCUUGGCAUCGUUGCAGGAAUCCUGACGGCGGACUUUGCGUCAGGUCUGGUCCACUGGGGUGCCGACACCUGGGGCUCAGUGGAUCUGCUGGUUUUUGGAAAGGCUUUUAUCCGGCCCUUCAGGGAGCAUCACAUCGAUCCCACUGCCAUCACCCGCCAUGACUUCAUCGAGACCAAUGGGGACAACUGCAUGCUGACCCUGGUCCCGUUGGCGAACAUGGCCUACAACUUCCUCACUCUGUCCCCUGCUGAGCUUUACCACAGCUACCCGUGGAACUGCUACGUCUUCGCGUUGGCCAUCUUCGUCACCCUCACCAACCAGAUCCACAAAUGGUCACACACGUACUACGGGCUGCCGUGGUGGGUGACGCUCCUGCAGGACUGCCACAUCAUCCUGCCACGCAAGCACCACCGCAUCCACCACGUGUCACCACACGAGACCUACUUCUGCAUCACUACAGGUUGGUUAAACUAUCCGCUGGAGAAGAUCGGGUUCUGGCGCAACCUGGAGGACCUGAUCCAGAGCCUGACGGGAGAGAAACCCAGGUCGGACGACAUGAAGUGGGCUCAGAAAGUCAAGUAA